CGACUCAUAAUUUUGACAGCUUUGCUAAAAGUUGAAAAUUUUGUUUAUUUUCAGACCGACCUACAAACUCAAGAAUCUUUUUAUUUAGAAAAUAAUAAACCAAAUAAAAUUCUUAAAUAUGAGUAAAGACGAAAAACCCAAAAGUGCUUCAGAUCCCCAAGCACCGGUCACACGCAAAGGAUUUCUAAUAUCUUUCAAAACCGGCGAACCUACAGAAAUCAAGGAUCGUGAUGUGUUUGGUAGAUGCCGACCAGUCACAGAAUUUGAGAAACUCAACCGAAUCGGUGAAGGAACUUAUGGAAUAGUCUAUCGAGCAAGAGACACAAAAAACAAUGAAAUUGUUGCUCUGAAAAAGGUUCGAAUGGACCAAGAGAAAGACGGCCUUCCAAUCAGUGGUUUGCGUGAGAUUCAAAUCUUAAAGACAUGCAAUCAUGAAAACAUUGUUCGAUUGGCUGAAGUUGUCGUAGGGAAAAGUCUUGAAAGCAUCUUCCUUGUAAUGGAAUACUGCGAACAGGAUCUAGCUUCCUUGCUCGACAACAUGACAGCCCCAUUCUCGGAAUCCGAAGUCAAGUGUAUUGUCCUGCAGGUUCUUAAGGGACUGCAGUAUAUGCAUUCAAGGUACAUAGUCCAUAGAGACCUUAAGGUGUCUAAUCUUCUGAUGACAGACAAGGGUUGUGUUAAAAUAGCUGACUUUGGUUUGGCAAGAUUAUUUGGAGUUCCACCUUUACCAAUGACUCCCCAGGUAGUUACUCUAUGGUAUCGAUCGCCAGAACUUCUCCUCGGCUCACAGAACCAAACAACUGCCAUCGAUAUGUGGGCUCUGGGUUGUAUUCUUGGAGAACUCUUAUCACACAAACCAUUGCUGCCGGGAAAUACAGAGAUUCAGCAGUUAGAGUUGAUAAUUGAUCUCUUAGGAACUCCCUCGGAAGCUAUUUGGCCAGAUUUCAAUACUAUGCCUGCUCUGCAGAACUUCACCCUAAAAUCACAGCCCUAUAAUAAUUUGAAACCAAAGUUCCAGUGGCUGUCGCAAGCCGGGUUGAGGCUCUUGAACUUUUUGUUCAUGUAUGAUCCUAAGAAAAGAGCGACGGCUGAGGAAUGCCUGCAAAGUACCUACUUCAAGAUUCAACCAUUGCCUUGUGACCCUAAUCUAAUGCCCACAUUUCCCCAGCAUAGAAAUAUGCGACAAUCGAAAGAGCAACAGCAUGUUAGUAAUCAGCAAGUUCCAGAACUGCCAGCAAUUUCAGAUCUCCUUGGAUCCCUUUUAAAAAUGCGGAGAGUUGACUAAAUAAAACAACAGUUUUUACAUUUUA